UGAUCACAAGUGUCUUCGGAUAAACACCACAAGAGACGGUAUUUUCACAUCUAGCGAUGUGAUGGUGCCAGAGACAUGCCUUUGUGCACGUAUAAACUAACGUUACAGACAAGGAAUUGAUUUUUUUGUUAUUUGCUUUAGCGGCGUAAAAUGCGGGGACGCGUGACGGGCCAGGCCAUGGAGCUGUUGGGCAGCGGCGGCUCCAGGAUGAGCGUAACCAGGUUCUUUUUAUACGCUUCAGCCAAAGCAGCCGCUCCGCAGUCUACCGGAGUAACACUACAUGGCAUCGACAAAAGAUUUAGAUCCACAUCGUCCAUGUCCAGUUACUCUGAACUGGCUCGGGAGCGGUCCAAAACCGUUACGUCUUUUUACAAUCAGUCUGCCAUCGACGUAUCUGCCGAGAAGCCUUCAGUCAGACUGACACCAGCCACAAUGCUGUAUGCAGGGAAGUCUCCUGAUGGACAACAUGUGCUGAGCAGUGCCAGGUAUCUGCACAAAGAGCUGCCUGUCCGCAUCGCACAUCGCAUUAAGGGCUUCCGCAGCCUGCCCUUCAUUAUCGGCUGCAACCCAACCAUUCUCCAAGUGCACGAGCUUUAUAUCAGGGCCUACCACAUGCUGAGUGACUUCCCAGCUAUUAAAGACCAGGAGACUGAGGCUCGCUAUAGCAAACUUGUAAAACAGCUUCUUGAUGAUCACAAAGAUGUUGUCACCAUGUUAGCUGAAGGAUUCAGGGAAUGUCGUAAACACAUUUUGGACGAGACUCUGGUUCGCAAUUUCUUGGACACGACGUUGACGUCUCGUCUGGGCAUCCGCAUGCUGGCCACACACCACAUUGCCCUGCAUGAGGAUAAUCCUGACUUUGUUGGCAUUAUAUGCCGCCGCCUGUCGCCUAAAAAGAUCAUCGAGAAGUGGGUUGACUUUGCUCGACGGCUCUGUGAGCAUCAGUAUGGGAAUUCUCCACGGGUUCGCAUCAACGGCCAUGUGGCGGCCCGCUUUCCCUUCAUUCCACUGCCUCUGGACUACAUCCUGCCUGAACUGCUGAAAAACGCCAUGAGGGCCACCAUGGAGAGUCACUUGGACACCCCUUACAAUGUGCCUGAUGUGGUGGUCACAAUCGCCAACAAUGACACUGACUUUGUCAUAAGGAUCUCAGACCGUGGUGGUGGCAUUCCUCACAGCAUUCUGGAUAAGGUGAUGGAUUACCACUUCAGCACAGCUGAACAGAGCACACAGGAUCCCCGCAUUAACAACCUUUUCGACAACAUCACCAACAGCGGCCCCCAGUCCGGACCCAUGCAUGGGUUUGGCUUUGGCCUGCCCACAUCCAGAGCGUACGCCGAAUACUUAGGAGGUUCCUUGUCCAUCCAGUCAAUGCAGGGCAUCGGCACAGACGUCUACCUGCGUCUCCGGCACAUUGAUGGCAAAGGAGAAAGCUUCAGAGUUUGAUGUCAUGGUCUAUUCAUAGAGCUUGUGGUCAGUCACCAUGUCGAAGAUAUUAAGCUUCAAAGUUGAACCAAAACCAGGACGUUCAGCAGUUAAACUUUCGCUCAUAUUACCUGUCCGCAUACACCGCAUCACAUUUUGGAUCAUGCUUUCUGCAUUUUAUGGGAUUAUUCACACUGCAUUGUGUUUGUGUAGUUCACUGUGAUUUAUAUAUAUAUAUAAAAAAAAAACUUUCAGCCUUAAGAAUGCGAAGCGAUUUCAUGAUUUAAAAUCCAGCAUGUUACUGUCCGACGUGACCAGUGGGAUGAAUCCUGACACUUCAGACUCUUGCAGAAGAUGCUCUCCAGACAGCCAUAUCCUGGUUUCCUUCAGAAAUAUGAGUGAAGUGUUUGAACUCUUUAAAGAUGCAGAAGCGCAGAAAGGCUUUUAGCAAUCUUCUAUGAACUCUUGACUAGAGGUCGACUGCCUUACGAAAAAAGACACAAUGUUGUCAGUCUUGCUUCACACCGGUCUGAUGUUCAGUUUUUACAUUUCAUAUUAACCUUAUAAGCUUAAGAGUUGUAGAUUUCAUGCUUGAAAUGGUUAGACUCUCGGGGUUAGUGCAGCGCAAAAUAUAUUUGUUUUUUUUGUUUUUUUCCUUCGUCAUUCGCUCCAGCAAACAGUGUUUUAUAGAGAUGUUCAUAUUUGAAUAGAUGUUUUUACACUCUACCUAGUUGCACAUGUGGGUCUCUUGAUGGGUUUUGUUCAUGUUUUAAAAGGAUGCCAACAAGUUUGAGACUGAGAUUUGUUUACCAGAAUGAAUUCGAAAUUGUUCCCAAAUUGAAAUACGAAUCUAAAAGCUAGAGAAGUUCACUUGUUUUGUUUUGUCUUGUAAUGUUGUGCCUAUGGUUUCUUUUCUCUCCUUUUGAAAUGACUUUCAAGAAAAGGAGCCUUUGUGUGUGUAAUGCUUAUUAUCUGUUCUCAAGUGCUGCAGAUUUGUUGCCCAAGUUUGCCCCCUACCGGUGGCGUUUGAGUAUUAAUUUUGACUUUGAAAACAUGGACAUACUGAUGAUGAUUUAGCGUAAUGAAUGAUGUACAGUAGGUUUUGGAUGAUUUGAAUGAAACUAACAUGCACAUAUUAACAUAUUCCUUUGUUUAUAUAAAAGGCCAAAUUGUGGCAUGAUGCACCCAGAAUGAAAUCAAGGAUGGGAUCAUUUUAUUGUCUUUUUUUCUCGUUUUGAUGUUGAGUUUGCGUUACAUAGAUGCCAAAUACGCAUAGUUUUUUGGGCAUUAUAAAAUUAUGGAUGAGAA